GGCAGGCAGCUUGCUUUUAGAAACGCACACACGGUGAGGGGCUUCAUUCUCAACCCAAAGAUUCAGGCUAACGCAUCCACCCCAUUUUAGAGUCCAGGAAAAGGGGAAGGUACCAGGGCACCAGACUCCCCACAGUGUCCAUGUUUCUUCUGUCAUGUCUAUGCGUAUCUGAGCGUACUACCCACCGCAACCAACCAGCAAAUCAAGGCCGGAACUAGGAUCUAUCUAUUUACCACAGGACUGUCAGGAACGGUUUUAGACGUAAAGGUUUGUCCUAUUCGUCAUCAUGUUCUGAGAAAAAUCAUCUCAUCAUUCCAGGUUUUGAAAAUCCAACUCAAACUGAAAAACAUUUCCACGUUGAUGAACCAAGCGUCGGUCAUGUUCUGCACCUGACCAGCAGUAGCCUCUAUUCUCGGCACGGACUGUUACCACGACGGCAACUUUUACAAGAAGUUAAACCCUCUCAGUGACUGAGUGGAGGGAAAAGCGAAAUCUUUAAUCGAAUAAAGUUUUUCCGUUUCUUCCCAUUUUUAUCUGCAUUACAAAGGCGAAACGGCGACUUCCAUUGAUUACCCGUCUUUCCUUUGCUAUCCGAUGGAUAUUCACUGCAAAGUAGACCCGUUCUCAGCGAUGCACCGGCACGGCGGUGUGAACCAGCUGGGCGGGGUGUUUGUCAACGGCAGACCCCUACCUGACGUGGUGAGGACAAGAAUCGUAGAACUCGCCCACCAAGGAGUGAGACCCUGUGACAUUUCGAGACAACUACGGGUCAGCCACGGAUGUGUCAGCAAAAUACUGGGCAGCUAUCAAAAGGAUUUUAAAAGAUACUACGAGACCGGCAGUAUAAAGCCAGGAGUUAUUGGUGGGUCCAAACCAAAAGUGGCGACUCCAAAGGUUGUGGAUAAAAUAGCGGACUACAAGCGCCAGAAUCCGACCAUGUUCGCGUGGGAAAUCAGAGACAGACUGUUAGCUGAGGGCGUCUGUGACAACGACACGGUUCCAAGCGUCUCGUCCAUUAACAGGAUAAUACGAACAAAGAGUCCAGCAGCCUUUCCACCCGUCUCCAGAUGGAACAUCCCUGUUCUGCACCGGGCCACACCAUGGUUAACCGAGCCAGGCCUCUCCACCUGUAAACAAGCCCUUCCAACGACCUGUGGGGUCCUACUCCAUCAACGGCAUCCUGGGUAUUCCCGGUCAAACGGCGAGAAGAGGAAACGAGAUGAAGGCUUCCUGUUUGCUCGGCCCGAGUCGGAGAAGUCAGAAGAUGGAUUUGAGUUCCCCUUCAGCUCUAAGAGUCCUGGUCAACCGUCAACCAGCAGAGAGAAGGGAUCAGGGGCUGGGGACUCCUUCCCUUUCUCCUUUAACUUCUAG